AUGGGGGAACUUGGGGAACAUCGGCCCAGUUUGCUCAACAACCUUAACUCUGAGGACAAGGCCUUGGGUGGGUCAGAGCAGGGAACGGGCAAUGGCAGUUUGGGCAUCCAGAGCACAGUGUUUGAGAGCCACUGGCUUCAGGGCUCUCAGGCCACAGAGGGGCUAAGCUUAGGGGACCCAGAGGAGGAGAUUCCCCCUGAGGAGGUGGCCAGGGCCGAGCUCCCAGAGGCCACUAAUGUGGAAGCAAGUCUGAAUCAAGACUUGGAGGUGGAAGUUGAAAUGAGUCAACUGUCCAUCACUGAGAAGACCCCCAGUGUCUCCACUGCCAAAGGCAGAAGGAAGAAGUGCCGGAGGCUGAUGGAGCUGGCAAAGCCCAAAACCAACUGGAAAUGCUUAAGGGACAGGACAGGGUGCUGUUGUAAGGGCUAUGCCUGGAUCACCCCUCGAAAGAGCAACUUACAGUUUUGCCUGUACUGGCCCUCUGUGUACUGGACCGAGCGAUUUCUCGAGGAUACCACCCUGACCGUCACAGUCCCUGAGGUGUCCUGCCGAGUGGAGGAGUUGUCAAGGCCCAAGAGGUUCUACUUGGAGUAUUACAAUAAUAACAGGACCACACCCGUCUGGCCCAUCCCUCGGUCCACUUUGGAAUACCAAGCAUCUAACCGACUGAAGCAACUGGCUACUCCGAAGGUCCGCAAUAGUAUUUGGAGUAUAGACAUGUCUGAGGUGUCUCGGGUGUCCAGAGCAGCCCAGAUGGCAGUUGCCACCCCAAGGAUCCUCCAGCUGGCCAAACCCAGACCCCCAGCCACUCUGUUGGAAGAGUGGGAUCCCAUGCCAAAACCCAAGCCUGUAGUGUCAGACUACAAACGCCUCCUUCAGCUGGCAAUGCCGAAGGCCGUGUCAGAAAAGUGUGUUCUGGACCGCAGUCCUCAAUGGGAGGUACUGGAUGUUACUAAGAAAGCGGUGGCCACUUCUCGGAUCAUCUCCCUGGCUCAGCCCAAAAUACGCAAAGACUUCAAUGAGGGUUACGAUCCAUACUACAUCUCCCCAGCCUCCUUGGUGGCUCAGGCGACCCCACGCCUCUAUGAACUUGCCACCCCCAAAUACAUCGUCAAGAAAGUGUGACAGCUGGGCCUGACCUCCAGCCUGCCCCCAGUA